AUGUCUUUGGGCGACGUCUUUCUUGUCCGCCACGCUGAAUCACAGCACAACGUGGACAAAAAUUUCCAGCAGCUCGAUCCUCCUUUGACAACUGCGGGGAGUGCAGCGGCGACGCAAUUCGGGUCCACAUUUCCCUUUUCAGAUACAGUGGGUGUUGUGCUGUCAUCUCCAUCACAACGUGCCAUCCAAACUGCGUUGGCAGCAUUCUCGAAUAUCCUAGAGAGACGCUACUUCGAACCGUCUAGUGGCAAGGGUAUUGACGAAGGCGCUACAUUGGUUAUCGACCUAGAUGCGCAGGAGCAGAGUACUUUACCUUGCGACACGUGCUCAGACCGAGAGACAUUACUGCACAUGUUUCCCCUCCUUGAUUUCUCUCGAUUACCUGGUGGUGAAGAAAAGGCAUGGAAAUCGAAGACGGGCCGUUAUUCGGCAGAAAAAGAGGUAAUCGAAGCUCGAGUCGUUAGACUAUGUGAAACGUUGGAAGGUCUUUUAGCGUCGCAGCAAAGUCAUUCCAGACGACAUGUGGUCGUCGUCACUCAUGGUGUAUUUAUGAAAGCUUUAACGGGCGACAGCAACAUCGAUCUUCCCAGACCAGGCUACGCUGCAUACAACUUAAGAUGGGAGAAGGAAGACAGACCUCCUCGUCUAGUGGCUGCGCGCUGA